AUGAGGGACAUCCUUGAGGCUUUAUGGAGGGCGUAUAGGGAGGAGGAGAGAAUUUGGCGUCAGAAGUCAAGGGUGCGCUGGUUGAAGGAGGGGGAUAGGAACAAAAAAUAUUUUCAUCGUGUUUGCAAGGUACGCACAGUGAAGAAAAAUAUCACUCAGCUUAAAUAUGAAGGUAGGCUCCUAACGACGCCAUCAGAGAUUAAGCAGGCUAUGCGGGAUCACUUUCAGAAUUUUUUCCGUACAUCAAAAGUGCCUAGACAUUGGCUUCAGAACUUGAACCCCAGAAAAGUGACCACAGCGGAAAAUCAAUUAUUGGAAGCAGCUUUUUCUAUUGAUGAAAUUUGGGAAGUAGUGAAAAACUUUGAUGGGAAUCGAGCUCCAGGACCGGAUGGUUUCAGUAUGGAUUUUUUUAAAAAAUUUUGGAAUUUAGUGAAGGAUGAUUUGCUUAAUAUUUUCAAUGAUUUUUAUCAUUCUGGUCGCAUCGUAAAGGGAUUGAAUUCUACCUUUAUUGCAUUAAUACCCAAAGGUGGUCAGCAAGAAGAGAUUUCUGAUUACAGGCCCAUCAGCUUAAUUGGAAGCGUGUAUAAAUUGUUGGCUAAGGUGCUGUCUGUUCGCCUGAGUCUGGUUCUUCCUGGUUUGCUGAGUCAGAAUCAGUUUGCUUUCACCGCAGGCCGUCAGAUUGCAGAUUGUUCUUUGAUUGCUAGUGAAAUUGUUCAUUCCAUGAGCUCAAGGCCAGAAGGAGGUCUGCUAUUCAAAAUUGAUUUUGCGAAGGCCUAUGAUAGUGUUGAAUGGGGUUUCUUGCUGGAGCUUCUUCAUGAGAUGGGUUUUGGGGGACGAUGGAUUCGAUGGAUGCAAAGUUGUGUUUCAACAGCUUCUUUGGCGGUCUUGGUUAAUGGAUCUCCUUCUGAAUUUUUUACAAUCCAAAAAGGUUUGCGCCAGGGAGAUCCUUUAUCCCCUCUCCUUUUUAAUAUUGUGGCGAAUGGGAUGUCAUGUAUGCUGAAUCAGUUGCUAGAAGGUGAUAUCCCUUGUGGGGUGGAAGUGGCGUCGAGGCUACGAAUUAAUCAUUUACAAUUUGCAGAUGACUCUUUAUUUUUUACAGAUUGUGACCAGCAUGAAGGCCUUAAAGUUAACUUUAGCAAGUCAGCGGUCUAUGGGGUAAAUGCGCUUUCAUCUACGGUACAAGAGGCAGCAAGUUGGUGGAAUUUCAAGGUAGGCUCCCUACCUUUUAUGUAUCUUGGGGCUCCUCUUGGAGGGACACGGUAUGGUGGUUUAGGAGUCGGUUUUCUCGAAUGGAAAAAUAAAGCCAUGCUUUUGAAAUGGGUUUGGCGCUUUGGUAGGGAGAAAGAUGCUUUAUGGCGCAUGGUGAUAUGUAAAAAAUAUGGGCUGCCCAUGGAAUUGAUUUCAUUAAAUUUGGACACUCUGGAGCUUAAAAAAUUGUCAAUUCCGCUAAUGGAUGUUUGCACUGUAUGGCGAGAUAGUGGGCUGGUUGGGAGCGUGUUCAGGGACGGUUUAGCUUGUCAGGUUGGUAGAGGGGCAAGUGUAUUAUUUUGGCUUGAUCAUUGGACAGGUUCUGGUCCUCUCAGGCUUGUUUUCCCUCGGGUAUUUGCAUUGGCAACGCAUAAACGGGAAACUAUUAUGGAAUGUGGUACACCUGUAGGCCAUCAAUGGGCCUGGAACAUAACUUUUCAGCGUGAUUUCUUGGGAUGGGAGCGCCAACACUAUGAUGCAUUUAUGUGCCACCUUCAGAGUUUGGUUCCUAAGCAGGGGGAGAAUGCAACUGUUGACUGUAUGGUAUGGAAGCACGACAACAUGGGAUUAUUUAGUGUUAAAUCUUUAUGUGCUGUUGUUGAGGCGCGGUGGUUCACAGAGGAUGGGUGGUCCGUUCCAAAAUUUCUAAGGCCUAUUUUACCUUCAAAAAUUGCUUUGUUUUUAUGGCAGGUUCAGAAGAACAGGAUUGCCACAAAGGAGAAUUUGGUGAAUCGUGGGGUGGCUUUGGAGGAUGGAAUGACUUGUGUCUUAUGUUUAUUAGUCACAGAGUCGGUAGUGCAUCUUUUUUUGCAUUGCCCAAGGGUUUGGCAAUUGUGGGCAGCAGUGUUGCAUAGGAAGGGCGUGUGGUGGUCAUUGCCGGGUUCAAUUCAUGCAUGUUUGGCAGAAUGGUCAUCAAUACGAAGAAGCACUUCAAAAGUGUUAUGGGAAUUGAGUCCGUACGCAAUUUGUUGGGUGAUAUGGAUGGCCCGUAAUAAUGUGCUUUUUAAUGAGAAACCUUUUGAUUCAGAAGAUGCUUGGGAGGCUCAUAUGUUUUUGCUAUUUUCCUGGAUAAAGGCGUGGUGGAAGGAGUGCCCAUAUGGGGCGGAUCAAUUUGCUAGAGGCUUUACAAAAAUUGAUGUUGAGGGUAGCUCUGGCUGUGCUGGUAUUGGUGGUGUGUUGAGGAAUAGUGUUGGGACGGUGGUAGGAAAAUUUUGCAGGAGAGUUGACGUUCAGCGAGCUGAUGAGGCUGAUGUUUUAGCCAUUUUGUAUGCUCUGUUGUUUUGCCACCAAUUUCAGGUAUUUUCAGUGGAUAUUGAGAGUGAUUCUACUCUUGCUGUUGGUUGGGUGAAAGGAGAGAAAAUGCGGCCUUGGAAGCUCACAAAUGAGUUGAAUUUGAUUGAUUACUUGAUGCCGGUUGUGUCUUGUAAUGGGGUCAACCAUAUCUUGAGAGAAGGGAACACAGAGGCAAAUGAAUUGGCAAAGCUAGGAUGCUUGAGCGUGGAACCGGUGUGGCUUUUUCAGGGGUCAACAGGCUAUAGGAGGAUUGGCGGAUGCAUUAAAAUUGGUAUUUUUGAAGUUGUUGUUGUUGUUGGUGUUAAUAUCGCUGCUGCUGUUUUCGCUGUGGGACGCUUGAAUAUCGAGAAGAAUUCACCUUGCAGGUUUGAUGCCUUGUUUGCUGCUUCAUGUGCUAUUCUUUUGACAGUUUUCGAUUUUAUAUUAGUACUGUAUUGGAGAGCUGUCAAAUUUGUGUUCUGUGGAUUUGUAUUCUACAGUAGUGAUGACUGGAAUUUUCGUUGUUGUGGCGAUUUGUAUAACUUCCACCCUAUUUGGGGUUCUGAUAUUUCAGUGGUUAGCAAUAUUUUGAUCAUGUUUUUUGGUUUAACAACAUACAAAAGUAAAAUUUGGCUUUCAUCUGAGUAUGAUUUGCAAUUUGAUCAAGCAAGUUUGUUUAGUCCAUUAGUUCAGUUGAUUGCUCAUUUUUCAUUUAAUCUUGAAGGAUGGCGUGUUCAUUUUUACAUCCUGUAA